CAAAAUAAGGGAGAAGAAGUCAAAGAAAGUAGGCUAGGAUACGAGGUUAUAAAUAAAGAACUACUAACUCAUCAUCUUUAUCUAGCUCCCACAAUUUUUUUCAAACUAAAAAUCAAAUCAUUAUUCAGAGGAAAACGAUGACUAGUUCUGAUCAAUCUCCGUCGCACAACGUCUUCGUCUACGGCAGUUUCCAGGAACCAGCCGUCGUCGGUUUGAUCCUUGAAUGCACUCCGGUCAUCGUCUCAGCUCAACUCCAAGGCUUUCAUCUGUAUAGACUCAAAGGACGUUUGCAUCCAUGUAUUUCUCCUUCUGAGAACGGAGUUAUCAACGGAAAGGUACUAACAGGAUUGACAGAUGCUCAGCUAGAGAAUUUAGAUAUGAUCGAAGGAGAUGAAUACGUGAGGAAGACUGUUGAUGUUGUAUUGACUGGCACUUCUGAGAAGAUGAAAGUGGAAGCCUUUAUAUGGGCUAACAAGGAUGAUCCUGACAUGUAUGGAGAAUGGGAUUUCGAGGAAUGGAAGCGGCUUCAUAUGGAGAAAUUCAUAGAGGCAUCAAAGAAGUUCAUCGAAUGGAAGAAGAAUCCUGAUGGGAGAACAAGAGAAGAGUUUGCCAAAUUUGUGAACGAAGACCCUCCCGUGGCAUGAACAAUUUUUGUCUUGCCUUUUUAUCUAUCUUUUUAAUUCAAAAUAAAAGGGGUCUCACUUUAGACGAAAUAAGAGGCUUUGUAAGUUUGGAACACAAAGAACAUGUUGAAUCUGUAUUGUGAGCAUUGAGUUGUAUGUUUGAACAAAUAAAAACAUUGAGUUGUAUGUAAUGCAAGUGUUGUUUUUGUCAUUUCUAAUAAUGUCUUUGAGAUAAAAAAAAGA